AAAACAGUGAUAACUGGUUGAAAAGACUCCAUCUUAACACAAAACAGCAGAAAAAUACAGAAAUAGCGAUGACAGGUGGCGGCAUAUUAGAGGUGAUAUUGGUCGAUUCCGAAGGCAUAAGAGCUAAGAAGUUUCUCGGUUGCUUAGUGUGUUUCGGUACAUCGGCUGUUAAUAAACCGUACGUCUGUGUCGAGUAUGGAGAUCAAAAACGUAUAAGCAAAGUUGCUGAAGAGAAGGGGAAGAAAUCCAUAUGGGACCAGAAGUUCGAGUUCGAGGUUGACCACGCAGCUGAAUCAAACAAGCCGUCUGAAAAGCUCGUGUUUCAUGUGAUGAACAAACACAAGCUUUCCGAUGAUGCGUAUGUUGGUGAAGCUACGAUUCAUGUAAAGGACGUCGUUUUGCUGGGGAUGGAGGAUGGGGAGGCGGAGCUCGGAAGCCGGAAAUACAGGGUGGUCCGGCAGGACAAAUCCUACACCGGUGAUAUAUCUGUGGCGGUGACCUUCAAGAGAAAAGACGGAGUCAACACAACAGAAAUAAGGAAGGAAAGCAAGCCAUGUAAAUAAUGAAGAUGAUACAAAAAUUCCAGUCGUAUAUUAUUUAAAAAAUUUUGUGCUAAGUUUAUAGAGUUUAAAUUUAUUAUUGUAUAAUUCUUCAC